AUGAUUCAGAAAGUGAUUCAAACCCAGAAGAAGAUUUUCUUUAAGAAUUAGAAGAAAUAAAACCAAAUAGUUAUAGAGGUCAAAAAAAAGCUAAACAAAAUUGACAAGGCAUCUUAAACUGACAUUAAUCAUUAUUAAAAUCUUAUGUUAGAAGAAGAAGUUUUGUAAAGAAUUGAAGGAUAAAUUAAAUCUAUUAGAAAACCUAACUCUGAUAUUCUUGGAUUUAAAAACAAUUAAGAAAUUAUAACUAACUAUCAAGAUGUUCCAUUAUAGGAAGGUUUAAAAAACUCAUUUAAUAAACUGAUAUUUCUUUAUAAUAAAUCUUAGGCCAGGUACAGGUUUAUCAUGUUAAAGUUUAGAACAAGUAAUUUUUUAUUUUAUUUAGAAAUACCAUAUAGAACUAAUUUACCACUUAAUCAAACAAACCAGUUGUUAUAAUUAUCAAAAACCCAUAUUCUAAAUAAUAAAUGCAAUCAAAAUAAGAGACAACACCAUAACAUUAAGAAUUGUUACCUAUCAAAAAUAGAGGGAGAAUGA